AGUUCUAAUUACGUUGUUAAAAUGAAGUUGAUUCUAAUAACACUCUUGGCGUUUAUUGCCCUUAGCAACGCCAAAAACAUUGGACUAUCAGUUCCCAACAACUAUACUGUCUAUGGAUAUCUCACGAAAUAUGGAAUACCAGAAGCCGAGAGGAUUCGUAAAGCUGAAGAAGAAUACCUGAAGAAUCCUUCUAGAAUAGUCGGUGGUGUACCCGCUGGCGUUGGACAAUUCCCAUACCAGGCUGGUCUCAUCAGCGACAUCAUUGGCAUAUCGGGCAGAGGAGUCUGCGGUGGUACCCUCAUUUCUGACAAUCGAGUACUGACUGCAGCUCAUUGCUGGUUUGACGGCAUCAACCAAGCUUGGAGGUUCACUGUAAUACUUGGCUCCGUUUUGCUGUUCAGUGGCGGUACCAGAAUUGAGACCAGUUCCGUUGUCAACCAUCCCUCCUACACCCCUCAGCUGGUUCGAAAUGAUAUCUCUGUCAUUUACCUACCUUCGAACGUCGCAAUAUCAUCGACUAUCAGUCCUGCCUCCUUGCCUACGGGGUCGGAACUCGGGGAAAACUUCGCAGGCUCCUCAGCUAUUGCAUCUGGCUUUGGUUUGACUAGUGACGGUGGUGGCAUCAGCAAUGACCAGUUCCUGAGCUUUGUCAGCUUAAACGUGAUAACAAACACCGUGUGUUCGUAUGCAUUCCCUAUAAUCGUCCAACCCAGCAACAUUUGCACUAGCGGGGUCGGAGGCGUUGGCACAUGCAAUGGAGACUCUGGCGGUCCACUGGUUCUUGUUAGGAAUAAUAGAAAUAUUUUGAUUGGUGUAACUUCCUUCGGAUCCGCUUUUGGUUGCCAAGCCAACCUCCCAGCCGCCUACGCUCGAGUUACGUCCUUCAUCGAUUUUAUUAACCAACACAUCUGAACUACAUCUAAUAUUAAUAUAUAUAAUGUAAAUAAAAGAAUAUAAAUUAUUAUUAA